AGAGUUAAAAUGGCUCCAUUUUCCAUCUGCUCGAAUUGCAAUGCAAAAACCAGAAAAGUUGUGAAAGAUCCAAAAACUUUGAAGAGAAUUUACCUAUGUCCAACUUGUUUUAAGAUUAAGAACAAAGCGCAGCAAAAAGUGGAAAAUGAGCGGGAAGCGAAAGCUGAGCUGAAAAAUCAACCAAAGUCGUCAAAAAAAGAGCCUGUGAAAAGAACGGAAACAGCCACUCCAAAAUUGACUCCGCCGGAAACAUUUGCCGCCAUUGGCAGUGUCUGCACUAGAAAACUGACCUCUCUGGAAACAGUUACCAGUAUCACAACCAUUCCCACUACAAAACUUACCCCACCCGGAGCUGCCAGCAUUACCAACGUUGCCACUAGAAGGCUGACUGCUCCAGAAUUAGUUGCCAACAUCACCAAUAUCACCAUCCCCACUAGAAAGCCGACCCCGCCACUUAUGCAGACUGUGAUAAUCAAUGGACGCAAAUAUAUAGCGAUCAGUGCAACAGCAUCGGACAAAUAGAAUGCAAAUAGUACAGACAGUAGUACAUAGCAAUAAUGUUCUCUAUCUGCAAAACACAAAAGAAACAGAAAUCUUCCUAGCAGCGACUUUUGGUUUGUGUCUAUGAUGCGCGUCUUCAACUGAUCUUCACAAUAAAACCCUUGAAACCAUUAACUGUUUUGGGUUGUGUCUAUGCUAAACUGAUCCCGAAUAAACUAAAUAUGAAGCAAAUAAAUUUAUUAAAAG